UGAACCUCAACCGUCACACUGAACGUCGGUCCAUUUCAGCCAUCCAAACCACACCUUGCACCGGGUUUAGAGCCAUCCAAAGCCCCUCACCCGAAUUGAUUCUUCUUACGGAUUGCACGCGCCGCUCUUGCGACGCCCCGGUCGAGUCAAGAUGGAGCCUCGAGCACGUGCCGGCAAGAAUGUCGGCAAGAUGAACUUUAGCCACAACGAGCUGGCGCAGCUGCUCUACGCUCACGGCGACGUGCAAAACCCCCUCCCCGAGACGGUGCGAGUCCUCGACGAGAUCCUCACCGACUUCAUGCAAUCAAUCGCGUUCGAGGCGACGCGCGCGGCCAACUACUCCGGGCGGCAGAAGAUCAAGUACGAGGACUUUGAGUUCGCGUUCCGCAAAAACCCCGCGUUCCUGGGCAAGGUGCAGGAGGUCUUUGAGAAGCAAAAGGAGAUCAAGAAGGCGCGUGAGAUUCUGCGUGACGGCGAGGACGAAAUCAUGAAGGAUGCCGCCGACGAAGAGAAGCGCCGCGACAAGCCCGAUUCCCGGGCACCGAGGGUCGAGGAGGAGCUAGGCGAGGCCGAUGACGAUGUGGAAGCGGAGGCGGAUGCCCUGGGAAAGAAGCGUUAAGCGUUGGGACUAUUUGUUUCUGUUUCUCGGGUGUUUUAGGCGGUGGACAUGGCUCAGGCGUUCUGGAUCUUGGUUUUCGGGCAGGGCACAACAUCUAGCCCUCAGUGGCAUGGAGUCACAAGUUACGGAAAUUGCAUCGGCAUUCAUAAAUCAUAGAGUUUAAAACGACAUGAUCGAUCCCCUACGGCAGCAACUCCUCAUAAUUCGUCCCCAUGUGGGUGGAGUCUCUACCGAGUUGAUCUACCGCCAAAGGAACCGGCCCUGGCCAGGGCCGGUU